AUGGAGGAUUCCCUCCACUCUUCAACUCCAACUUCCCAGCAACAUCUUUUAGAUCAUAGAGAAGGAACAGAGAGAGAGCAACAUGGGCACGACACCAAGUCACAUAAGAAGCUAGCUCUUCUUCCUUUGGUUUUUCUCAUAUAUUUUGAGGUUGCUGGUGGCCCCUAUGGUGAAGAGCCUGCAGUGGGGGCUGCAGGUCCCCUCUUUGCCAUCCUUGGCUUUGUGGUUUUCCCCUUCAUAUGGAGCAUCCCUGAGGCCCUCCUCACGGCAGAAUUGGCCACAACCUUCCCUGGCAAUGGUGGCUUUGUCAUAUGGGCUAAUGAAGCCUUUGGCCCCUUUUGGGGUUCCCUCAUGGGAUUCUGGAAGUUUUUCUGUGGGGUCAUCAACUUAGCCUCAUACCCAGUUCUCUGCAUAGAUUAUCUCAAACUAGUGAUACCAGCUUUGUCGUCUGGUUUUCCCCGCUUUGUGUCCUUGUUCCUCUCCACUUGUGUCUUGUCUUUUCUCAACUAUUCUGGUUUGGCUAUAGUAGGUUAUACUGCAGUUGCUCUAGGGGUUGUUUCCCUUUUGCCUUUUGUGUUACUGUCUCUGUUUUCCUUGCCUAAGAUUGACCCUAGCAGGUGGCUAAGUUGGGGUCAGGAGGGUGUGGAGAGGGACUGGAGACUCUAUUUCAACACCAUAUUUUGGAACUUGAACUUUUGGGACAGUGCUAGUACUCUAGCUGGUGAGGUCGAGGAACCCCAUAGAACAUUCCCAAAGGCCCUGUUAUCUGCAGGGUUGCUUACUUGUUUGAGUUACAUAAUUCCUUUGUUGGCUACAACUGGCGCUAUGCCACUUGACCAAAGAAGUUGGGUUGGUGGGUAUUUUGCAGAUGUGGCUGGGAUCAUUGCUGGGACGUGGUUGAAAAUUUGGAUGGAAAUGGGAGCUGUUUUAUCAAUAAUUGGGUUGUUUGAAGCCCAACUCAGCAGUGCUGCAUACCAGCUUCUGGGUAUGGCUGCUUUGGGAUUCUUACCAAAAAUCUUUGGAGAAAGGUCAAGGAAGUUCAACACUCCUUGGAUGGCCAUUUUUAUCUCAACGGUUAUAGCACUCUCCAUGUGUUUCUUCUCCUUCACAGAGAUCAUAUCCACCGUGAAUUUCUUGUACAGUUUGGGGAUGCUUUUGGAAUUUGCCGCUUUCCUAAAACUCAGAAGAAAAUUCCCAUCUCUGAAAAGACCAUUUCAGGUUCCAUUGGGGUUCUUUGGUUUGGUCCUGAUGUGUUUGGUGCCAUCUAUCCUCUUGAUUUAUGUCAUGGCUGUGGCUUCCAACAUUGUUUACAUUGCCAGUGCCUUCUUGACCUCUCUUGGUAUUGCUAUAUAUUAUUUCAUGAAUCUCUGCAAGUCUAGGAAGUGGGUUGAAUUCAUCCGCGUGGGAGAAAAAUUGGAUGAAGAUGAUUAUGUCUUGUAG